GUGACUACCGACAUCGGCGCUGCGAUGGGGACCGAGGAAAAGGGACCGAACGGUGGCAAUGGCAACGAGAGUCGGGCAUUAGCUUGUAUCAGCGCUGAGAGCCCGGAGAAGCUUUGUGGCCGGGGCAAGAAACGGAUCCUGGACGAGGAGUCGUACAUUGGGAAUUUGGAAAAAAUUAUCCAACGUGACUUUUUCCCCGAUGUGGUAAAGCUAAGUGCUCAGAAGGAGUUUUUGGAGGCUGAAGAGAGUGGCGACAUGGAAAAGAUGCGUGAAAUAACCAUAAAAUAUGGCCCUUCACUUGGGAAACCAAACUUGAUGACCCCUGUCCCAUAUCACACUCCAGGUUCUUUUGAGACACCAGAAGUUACCUCAGGUUCUCCAUCUUCGCAGAGUAAAUCCCGAUUAGAUGGAAAGCCUCCAAGUGAUGGAGGAGAAAAAGAAGAGGAAUUGCCAACUCUGGACACUUACUUGGGGCAAAGUACCAGUGAAGACAAUGCUUCCUUCAAUCAGAUUAUGGAGCUUGCUGAAGAGCGGAAUAGGGCUAAACACGCCUGGCUCUAUGAGGCAGAGGAAAAAUCAAAGCAGGGCCAUGAAGAAAUGCUGGCACUACCUUCGCCUGAUGCUUUGGCUAUUGAGGACAGGAAACCAGGGGUGAAAACCUGGAAGUACAAAGCCAAGAAUAUUCUGAUGUAUUACCCAGAAGGAGUGAAGGAUGAUGAACUCUUCAAGAAACCUCGUGAGGUAAUUCACAAGAACACCCGCUUCCAGAGUGACCCUUUCAGUCAAACCUUGAGCAAAUCUCAGCUGCAGCAAGCAGCAGCUCUCAAUGCACAGUUUAAACAGGGCAAAGUGGGGCCAGAUGGAAAGGAGCUGAUCCCACAGGAGUCGCCAAAGGUGAAUGGCUAUGGCUUCGUAAGGACUCCUUCACCUGCUCCAGGUGUGAUGGACUCACCGAUGAUGACAUGGGGUGAGAUUGAAGGCACGCCAUUGCAUUUGAGUGGUUCAGAAACCCCUCAUGUCGACAGGACACCAGGACCUGCAUUUAAGAUUCUGGAACCAGGCAGGAGAGAGAGACUGGGCCUCAAAAUGGUCAAUGAAGUUGCAGCCAAAAACAGGACCAAGAAACAGGAAGCUUUGAGGAAGGCGACAGAGAGUCUGGUCAGCCUUUCUCCACAUGGUAUCAGUCCUGUGAUGUCACCAGCCCUGCAGCGCCUCGUGAACCGCACCUCCAGCAAAUACACGGACAAAGCUCUGCGUGCCAGUUACACGCCCUCGCCGGCACACAAAGGAACGCCACGGUGUAAGACGCCACGUGCUGGCGUCACCCCUAAAACGUUUAUUGCCACCCACACGCCGAGCAGCCAGGACCCCACCUCCAUCACAGACAACCUGCUGCAGUUGCCCAAGAGGAAGAAAGCAGCGGACUUCUUCUAGUGCCAGUCCCGUCCCGUCUCUCCUGUGGAAACGGGAAAUCUUCAGAUUGAGGACAGAAGUACUUAACACUGAACUACGACCCGGCAUUCAUCUCCUACUAAGGAGACCUGUAAUGUAGUUUCUGCCACUUCUCUAGAUCUGACAUGGCACAAUCGAUGCAUUGGCAGUUAAACCGCUUGGGUUCUUGUAAUCUGCCAAGGCUGCCAGCCAAGGUGAUGGGUGUGGGCUGACUAUCUUAGCCUUUGCUGCCUGAUUCAGCUGUGGUCUGCACUGCAUUCCUCAAGAACACUCAGAAAGAUUUUGCCUGUGUAUUAACCAUUUUGGCAUAGGCACAUGUCAUACCCAUUUCUGUCCAGCCUGUUAUCCAUUUACUUUGGCUCUAGUAGUAUUAGGGUUUUGGGUUUGAUGAUUUUGUUAUGAAAGUACAGUUGGUUCAGGGAUUCUGCUGUGGCCUCAUUUCCUAAGGCACUGCCUUCCCUCUUCAUGAUCAGUGUGUUAAUUGCGUGGAGAGAGAUAUCUUUCCCUGUCUACAACUGGAGGGUCUCUGUCUCUCGUGCACCCUGAGUGACCAUCUACGAACAGUGCCAGUGUUUGGGGGAUGCUGCUCAUUCACAUUCACUCACUUUUGUCUGUACCCUCACUCCCAGGCAUCAUCAGUGUCCCCUCUCUGCCCAUUGGCACCUUAUCAGUGCUCCCUUUUUCACAUCUCUUUAUUGGCCUCCCUCUGUUCCUAAUUUGUUUCUUCACCUGCACCAGCCUUGAGCAAGGUUUUUAACCCACAUCUGUCUGAUGCAUCCUCUCUCAGGCCAUUCUCUCUCUUGCCCUCCCCUGGGUUGUUUCCCUCUGCCACUCUACCGUCCCCAGACAAUGUGACAAUGUUCUUGGUUCCUUUUUUUGCUGUUUGUGUGUGUGUGUGUAUGCAGGGAGACACAGACAGACAUACGUUUUUGCUUUGCCAUAAGCCCUCUUGGACAUGCCUUUAUUCCGUGUAUUGUGCUGAUAUUUCCUGACAGAAUUUUUUUCUGGAAAUGACCUCUGGUUAAAAGAAACCAUAUGCGGCUUUUUCUAUGUGGACUUUGAGUACUGUAACGCUUCCAGAUGGGAACCAACUCCUGCAUCUGCUCACUUACUGCAGCCUCGGUAACAUGUCCCCACUUGGACAGGUGCUCUAAAUCAUAGAAACAACUUCUGGCACUGGAGGCUGUUCAGGGGAUUGUAGCCAUAGCAACUGAAGAUUCGGGCUAAUCCCUCUUUCCUGGUACAAUGGGCAGUGAGUUCCAAACUGUCACCACUCCUUGGGACUUCCUCUGACCCUGAAUCCUUAAACCUCUCAAACUUUUGCCUCUUGCUUAAUUUUCUCUGUGUCCGGGCAAAUUUGCUCCUUCCUCUCUAUCCUGUGCCACCAUUAUUUUAUACACUGCAGCUAAAUUAAACCCUUACCACCUCUUCUACAGAAAGCAGUGUCAGUCUGAUCAAUAAUUCUUCACAUCUGCAACAUCUUAUAAGCACAUUCAUGUAUUUCCUGUAAAGUGACCAGAGUUGUUUUAACUAGUCUUUAUUUCAAUGUAUGGAUCCCAGAUCUUCACAUUUCAUUCCUUGCUGAUGACGGCACGUUUAUCUUUUGCUUUCCUGUCACUGUCUAUAUGCAGUAAAUCUUAAUAAUCCUGUGUGGAUGGGAUUUUAGUGAUGGACUGACAUAUUUUCAGACUACUGGGCAUUACUCAUUUUAUUUUAAAUGUGACAAAUAGUUUAAUAAAUUUCCAAUAAGUUCUGAAUUUCAAGGGAGUGGGAAACUUAAGUCCUGAUGAGUGUAAAGGGAGCUCAGGGAAACAGAAGCCGGUGAGUUUCCAGCACAUUGCUCAGGGUGCACACCAGCUCCAAGCUCCCUUGUAGUCCCUUGUAUCGUGAACUCCAGCUCACAUUCCUGGCCCCUGGUGCUCCCAACUGCAACUGCCCCUGAGUAUGCAGAUCCAGGGAUAGUAGGUGUCCUAAUGAGUGAGUCAGAUGUUGAAUUAUUGUGGAUCAUCGGAAUUUAAUGGAACUGAGUUCCUAUCUGGACCCUGUAGAAUUGCACUCGAUCUCCUACCAUCCAUCUCAUUGCUUGUUCUUCUCCGAUCCAUCACCCCACGCUGAUCUAAAUUAAUUCCGUUUGCUACUUUUCUGCAUAUAUAUUCCCUUUGAUAUCUUUGAGUUAAUAAGUAUCCUCUUGUGUUUCAUGAUCAUCUGCCACCUUUGUGUAGGUGAGAAGAGUAGGAAAAUGGGUUCUCAAUUCCUGCCCUAUAGUCAGAGAAAGAAAUACUGAGCACGUUGGAAAAGAUGUGAUAAGCUAAGGCAAGGGAGAAGUAAAACUCUAUUCAGAUGUACAAAUGGAAUGCAAUUUGAUGGGUCAGAGGUGUGGCAAAUAAAUGCUGCAGACAAAUGUAAUCUGACAGAAGCUAAGAUGUCUGGAACAUCUGGGAUCAAAUUUGCAUCUUGCUCACUUGCACGCACCCAGUUCCCUCACUCCCUUUAAACUUAAUGGGAUCUAUUGGCCGUGCUCCACUGAAUCUUACUGGAUUCAUUGAAAUGUUACUGUGUAACAUCUUUAAAAAUGGGAAUUAAAUGUGUGUGUUGGGAUAUGAAUAAAAUAACAUCUGAUGGUUUGGAAAAUCUAAUCCUUCUCCAGCAUAGUCCCAAGCAUUCCUGCUUCAUGGAGCUUUACUGUACAUAGGUCAUUGAAAUAUUAUGGACAGGCAUGGGAAAUGACCCAAAAAGCCACAUAGACUGGUGAUUGUAUUUCGAGUGGACAAGGUGGGUUGGGGUGAGGGCUGCUAUGGUUAAAUAAAACCAGAGCUUUAGAAAAUCCUGGCUGAUCACACAGUCAGGACUCGGGGUGUCCUUGGUAGAAUAUUUGGGCUUAGAGAGAAUUACUUUGCAGCCUUAAAGUUACACAGUGUUUCCUGGAGGGGUGGUUUAGAUGGAGUUGUCAAGGUACUGUACUUGGGAGAACUUGGGGUAUGUUGUCACAUUCAUUAAGAUGUCUGGAAUGAAAGUGCUGGCUUAAGUAUUAAAACUGGGUCUCUCCUUUUCUACAUGUAAAAGAUGAUUGGAGUCUGGAUUAUUCUGUAAAUAGCAGUAGAUACCAGGCCAAUAAUGCUUUUUAAAAUCUGACAUUAAUAGACAUUAAAGCAUAGAGGAGAAUGUAAUGUUAUGUCACCGAUUCAAUUAAGUCACAUUGAUGGGCCCAACAGGCUCAAGGAACAAGAGGCCUACUCUUCUCUGUGUUCUUCUUCUUAAAUAAACGAAGAAUGUGUGUAUGUUUCAUAUUUACAUCAGGUACACUGCUGUAUUUUUUGGGGGUGCCGAAUUAGCCCAGACUGAAGAAGGAUAUGAGUGAUAUUACUGUUUCUCACGUGACCAGGUAUC